AUGUCCCUGAAGUUGCGUCCGUGUUUAACUUUUCUGAAACAUCGCGCGUUGUGGUUCCGGACCCCGCGGAGAUCAUGCAGCAACCUCGAGGACGAUGAGAAGCGCGGCGGGUUCGCGAAGGCCUUCGAGAAAUACACGGAUCCGGAGUUUCUGGAGCCCAAGAAGCCGGCCCAGGCAACCCCGAAGCAGGAUCUCAAGUUUGCGACUCUGUUGCGCAACAGUCGAUUGAUGCAGAUUGGCGACCCCGAAGGUGCUGUGGUGACCGGAGAAAUUUAUCACGUUGUCGGCGAUGACUUGUACGUGGAAUUCGGGUGGAAGUUUCCGUGCGUCGUGCGGCGACCUGAGCGGAAUGCAGAGUGA